AGGACAAUAUUUUAGGGCUCUAGCGCGGCAAUGGCGUUUUCAUCGCGGGGGCAUGGGAGGCAACGAGGGAGGGGUUUUGCCGUGGGAAUGCGCCCGGUGGCUGAGGCGGAUCGCAUCACGAUCAUGGACCGGCUCCAGCAGUUCCGAGAGAGUAGCUCCCAGGAGCUUACGUUUGAGGCGGAUCUAAGCAACCACGAUCGGGCAGUAGUGCACAGUUUCUGCCAGAAGAUGGGAUUUAAAUCCAAGAGUUAUGGUAAAGGUAGCGAUCGGCGUGUCACAGUCUUUAAGAAUGUGAACCGGAAGGAGGCCAAUGCUACCGUGACUCCGAUUUUCUUUUGUCGAGAAACUAAGGAAGUUCUCGUGGAGAUCUUUUCGCAGUUUCCUCCUAGUGAUGAAGAAGGAAAUGUUGCUAUCAAUGCUCCGGCUGAUGUAGAUCCUGUGCUGAGCUCUGCUGCUCCGGAGAAGGUCACGGCACUGUUCUUGACUCCUGCCGAGAUCGCCAACAAUGUGUCGCUUCUUUCAAAGAAGAGACAGACAACGCUCAAGAAGCUGACAGAGACGACGCAAAAGCUUCCGAUUUGGAAGUUUCGAGAUGUUAUCACGACUACUGUGGAUCAAAACAAGGUUGUCAUUAUAGCGGGUGAAACAGGCUGCGGCAAAUCAACACAAGUCCCUCAGUACUUACUUGAUCAUAUGUGGGGGCAAGGGAAAUCGUGCCGGGUGGUAUGUACUCAACCUCGUCGAAUUUCUGCUACUUCAGUUGCGGAUCGUAUCGCGACUGAGCGUGGAGAGGCUAUUGGUGAAACGGUUGGCUAUCAGAUCCGACUAGAAAGCAGAGGUGGUCCUCAUAGCUCCUUAAUGUUUUGUACCAAUGGGGUACUGCUCCGGAAGCUCGUAACGGCGAAAGAAGCUGGAGUUUCAGCAACGCAUAUCAUUGUGGACGAAAUUCAUGAACGAGAUUGUAAUGCGGACUUCUUGCUUAUCGUUCUAAAAGGAUUGUUAUUGGCUCAGCCAGACCUCCGAUUGGUUCUCAUGAGUGCCACUCUUGAUGCGGAACUGUUCUCUUCGUAUUUUAACAACUGUCCGGUUUUGAAGAUACCGGGUUUUACUCAUCCAGUGACCGUGUACUACUUGGAGGAUGUUCUCUCCAUGACCAAUUUCGAGGCCAAUGCUAGAAAGCGCUCUGCGGAGCCUGCGGCAGAUAGCCUUUUGCUCAGCGAGGAAGAUGCAGAUGAGAUGGACAACGCGUUGACAUGUGCUUGGCUAGAUGAUGACUUUGAGCAACUUCUGAGCUUGGUGACCGAGAAUCCAAGACCUGAAGUCGUAGAUUACCAGCAUUCGUCGACAGGUAUUACGGCCUUAAUGGUUGCAGCUGGGAAAGGAAGGGUCGAAGACGUCGGCGUGCUUCUAUCAUUGGGAAGUAGCUGCUCGCUUGUGUCACAAGAGGGACAGACAGCUUUAGACAUGGCCGAAAGUAACGGGGAAGAGGAGGCUGCAGAAACGAUAAGGGAACACAUCAAACAGGCAGCAGAAGUCCAAACUGCAGAAAAGGAAGCCGAAAUUCUUGGGAAGUACCACGGCUCUGUGGAUCAAGAAGAAGUAGACAUUCUUCUGAUCGAGCGUCUACUCCAUACUAUCUGUAGUGAUCCUGGGGACGGAGCUGUUUUAGUGUUUCUUCCUGGCUGGGAGGAUAUCACGAGAUGCAGAGACCAGCUGAUGGCGUCACCAUUUUACAGCGACGAAACCAGGUUCCUCAUAUUACCUCUGCAUUCGAUGAUUCCUAUGAGCGACCAAAAGAAGAUUUUUACGAAGCCACCGCCCGGCGCGAGAAAGAUUGUCUUGGCAACCAACAUUGCUGAGAGCGCCAUCACCAUUGACGACGUUGUCUACGUGAUUGAUAGCGGGAGGAUGAAGGAGAAAAGCUAUGAUCCUUAUACAAACGUCUCUACUUUCCAGACAACGUGGGUUUCAAAGGCAAGUGCACGACAACGGCAGGGACGCGCAGGUCGCUGCCGUGCGGGCUUCUGCUAUCAUUUGUUCUCCAAAGUCCGUGCUGCAUCCUUAGCCGACUUUCAACUUCCUGAGAUGAAACGAACUCCUCUGGAAGAAGUUUGUUUGAAGGUAAAGCUUCUCCAGCCGCGUGGUGAUGUAAGGGAUUUCUUGUCGAGUGCUUUGGAUCCACCACUCGACAUAUCCAUCCAGAACGCUAUGUCACUACUCCAAGACAUUGGUGCACUUACACCUGCGGGAGAGCUUAGUGAACUUGGACAACAACUUGGCUCGUUGCCUGUUCAUCCAGCUACGAGCAAGAUGCUGUUGCUGUCGAUACUACUCAACUGCCUGGAUCCAGCGCUUACUAUCGCCUGUGCAGCCGGAUACCGAGACCCUUUUGUGCUACCUAUGGCUCCGCACCUGAAGAGAGAGGCUUUUGCUGCAAAAAAUCAUCUGGCUUCAAAGUAUGGGGGAUACAGUGAUCAUUUAGCAGUCGUUGCUGCGUUCGACGGAUGGGAAGCGGCGAGAAAAAGGGGUCAGGAUUAUAGUUUCUGCUCGCAGUACAGUUUAUCACCAGGUGUUAUGAACAUGCUGGACGGAAUGAGAAAGCAACUACUCAGAGAGCUGACGUUGAAGGGGUUCGUCAAGAGAGAUCCGCGGCCAUGCAGCUUGAAUGCAAAGGAUCCAGGCAUUGUCCGAGCAAUACUCUCCGCUUGCUUAUAUCCGUCCGUGGCAAGAAUUCUGCCCCCUGAUGAAAGUGGUCGGAAGGUUAUUGCUCAGAUAGCCAGGGGCGAGAAGGUUCGGAUCCAUCCUCAGUCAUCGAACUUUCGGCUGUUGGUUCAGCAGCAGUUCCCGGAUCUUAACGUUUACAACGACCACCUUCUUGUUUUUGACGAAGUCACUCGCGGAGAAUCUCAGGUGUAUAUCAGAAACAACACUUGCGUCAAGCCUCAUCCACUUCUGUUUUUCUGCACCGAGCUGUCCGUGGCGCCUCUUAGAUCUUACCGAGAGGAAGAGUAUGAGAUGGCUGGUCCUGCCGAGAGGGAGCUUAUGGAGGCUGCGGACGACACACUGGCAAUGGUGAUAGAUCGAUGGCUGAAGUAUCAGACGUCGUCGGUCAUGGCGGCACAGGUUUAUUGUCUGCGCGAGCGGCUUUUAUCGGCUUUGCUCUUCAAGGUGAAGAAUCCGAGUGCCAACUUACCGGAUAUGCUCGCUGCGUCCGUGCAUGCACUCGCCUGCGUUUUCUCAUACGAAGGCGCAUUGAGUAUCGACGACUAUCGUACACCUCCUCCACGAGGAUAUGUAACACAACAACAAGAACAACGAAGACCACAUCAACAUGAAAGAAGAAGCUCGAGACAGGAAAAUUCAUCUUUUGAACGUUUUUAUCGAGCUAAGACCAAGUAUGUUCCAGUUGUGAGGCCAAGGAACUAAAGCAAGGGGUUUGCAGCUUCCACAAUGGCAGCAGCAUGUCCUUGCGCUUCCGUCUCCCGGCCUGGAAUGCUCUCGAGCAUGGGUUUUCUCAGAAAUCAAUGCUAUCAGCUCCAGAAGAGAGUG